AUGUCAACCAUCGAACAAGUUGAAGGAAUCGCCAAAAAAGUUGAUUAUAUCAUUGCAAAUGGCAUGGACGAUGCGAGCGCUUGCCUCAAAAUGCUCGAAACACUCUCCAAAUUGCCAAUUACUUUGGAUAUUAUCACGAAAACCUCGAUCGGCGUGAAGGUGAACAGUCUCCGCAAAAAAGUCAACGACGAGACCGUCGCCAAACGCGCCAAAAAUCUCAUCAAGGACUGGAAGACCCUUCUAAACGAGCCGACCGUCGCGAAAAAGGACGACGAAGCGCCGCCGCCAGCCAAAAAAGCGCGAAAAGAGGAAAAACCCGAAGAGCCAAAGAAGCCUGUGAUGCCGGCGAAAAUCGAAUCGAAAAACUCGACAGAUUCGAACGCUUCGAAUUCGUCAAAACCGUCAGUGUUGGCGAAUUUCGCCAGCGCCACCUUCCCGCCAAAGCAUCUAGAAGGCGAUGAGCUUCGCCUCAAAACCGCUCAAUUGUUGCUGUCGGCGCUUCGGUCCGGCGAAAUGCCGCAAGGAACACUCGAUCCCGAAGAGCUGGCCGUUCAGAUCGAGGACAAACUCUAUUCGGUGCAUCGCGGCACAAAUCAAAAGUACUCGGUGGCGGUGCGCAGUCGCGUCUACAAUUUGCGCGACAAAAAGAAUCUCGCGCUUCGCGAGAACGUGCUCACCGGCGUUGUGAAGCCGGAAAAAUUUGCGGUGAUGACCGCCGAAGAGAUGGCGUCGCCGGAGAUUCGCGAGAUGCGCGACAAAUUUACGAAAGAGGCGAUAUUGGAGCAUCAAGUCUCGGUUCAGCAAGGCACCCCAUCGGACAUGUUCAAAUGCGGAAAAUGCGGCAAAAAGAAUUGCACGUAUACACAAUUGCAGACGCGCUCAUCCGACGAGCCGAUGACGACGUUCGUCUUUUGUCUCGAAUGUGGCAAUCGCUGGAAGUUCUGCUAG